UGUAUGUGACGGGUGCGCUAAAAGGCGGCCGAACUGUAACAGCCAAACUUAACCCAGGCAACAGAACUGUUCUCAAUGGUGUUGUCCAUCAGAUUGAUGCCAUGUUGGGAUUUGUUUACAAGACUGCUAUUGAGGAGAUUCAGAUUGAUCCUAACACUCAAAACUUUGAGCAGCUGAUCUUUGCAGCAAGGAAAGAUCUACAGAACUACAUCACAGCCACCAGUGGUGUUACUGUUUUUGUACCAACCAACCCAGCCAUGUACGCCAUCGCUAACGUCUACCAAAACUACAUCCACAACCAGUCAUUGAUCAACAUGGUUCUAGAGAUGAGCCUUCUACAACAAGGCCAGUCUAUAAACUUAAUGGCUUAUAAUGGGGGAUACGAAGCUUAUAAAACAGCUGUUUCAAGAUAUAAUGGGAGGCUUAUUAAAGUUUACAACGAAGGGAAUGACACAUGGGUAGAAGGAGGAUAUGUGAAGGCAAGAUUUAUCAAACCUGACAUAGGUGUCACUAAUGGAGCGGUCCAUCAGAUUGAUGCAGUUUUUGGGAUCCCCACUCGGGAUAUUCCGUACACUGUUUUCUGUGAGGACUCUCUCGUGUCAACCUACAUCCAGAUAAAGUACGUAGGUCUGGACGCCUACAUGAGAGAUCCAACUCUGACUAGAAACCAGGACUGUGUGUUUAGUGCCAGUGCUGCUGCUGGUCAAGUCCCUCCUGCUGCUGGCACCUGGCAAACUAACACUGGACAAGCCAAUCAGAAUCAAAAUUUCUACGGAGGCUUGUGUGGCGAUGGUCUGCACAGAUGUGAGUUUACAUUUUUUGUACCAAAUGGAACUGCUAUUGACAACUUUGCAUUGACUGCUUAUGGUAGACAAAUUAUGAAUGACAAGAGGAGGUGGAGAUGGCUCCUAAGAAGAUUAAUCACAUUCAGAGAGAAGAUAUACAUUGACCAGCUAGCUUAUGAUGCACCUAGGAGUUAUUAUGCUGACAAUGGUGAAGAGAUCAUCAUACAGACAGACUCCAGGUCCAAUAUCCCCAGUGGACAAAGAACAACCUACAUCAUGUUUGGAGGUGUCAGAGCGCAAGUUGUACACUCAGAUAUUGGCGCCACCAAUGGUGUCAUACAUAUUAUAAGCUCUCUACUUUUUAUACCAGAGGAUUUGGACAGGGACGUCAGUGAAAGUGAUCAAAAUAAAUCCACAGAAGAGGGCGAAACAGAACCAGAAAAAAAAGAACAGAGAACUCGAAAUGCGAUGUAA